AUGCGUUUUCGUGCUAUUGUGAGCUCGUCGCUCCUGAUGCUAUCGACAGUCCUUGGAUCUACAUUUACCACCGGAUCAAAAGAGGACCUCCCCGUGAUUGAUUUAGGAUAUGAACUCCAUCAGUCACUGUCAUACAACAAGAGUUCAGAGGUCUACUUGUUCCAGAAUAUUCGCUAUGCACAACCUCCAACGGGAGAACGACGAUUUCGCGCGCCUGCAGCCCCGAAAAUCGACCGGACCGCCGUUAGGAAUGGGUCUGAAUUGAGAAACUGCCCCCAAGGGAUGCCCGUGUGGCAGGCUAAAGCAUAUGGUCCCAUUCGCAAAUUUUCCGACCCGCGGAAUUCGUUCAAUCUCACAGCCUGGGAAGAGGCUAUAGCUACUGCGAGAAUCCCUGAGCUUGAGCUGAAUGCCGAGACUACCGAAGACUGCCUGUUUCUCGAUGUCCAUGUUCAAAAAGGGAUCUUUGAUAGGGCUCAGCAGGAUCUCCAGUCAAGUCAGUCGUCCGACGGUGCUCCGGUUCUCGUCUGGAUACACGGUGGAGGCUACACACUGGGAUCCAAGACGGGAGCCCCGACACCCGUGUUCUUUCCCGAUGGGCUCCUGGCACAAGCAGACUCCAGCGAUGAGGGCAUGGUCUUUGUCGCUCUCAAUUACCGUCUCGGAGCGCUUGGUUUCCUCGCCGGUCCCGAGGUUGCAGCCGAUGGAGACUUGAAUGCCGGCCUGCUUGAUCAGCGGCUUGCCCUCGAAUGGGUACAGAAGCAUAUCCAUCUGUUUGGGGGAUCCGCCAAGCGAGUAACAGUCAUGGGCGAAUCGGCCGGAGGCGGCUCCGCGAUCUUGCAGACAGCUGCCUUUGGUGGUAAGAAGGGACCGGCACCAUUUGCCCAGAUCAUUGCCCAGAGCCCCGCCGCCAUGCCAAACGCACAGCCUGUGCCCAAUGCCUUUUCCGACUUUCUUGCCGCCCUCAAUGUUAGCACACUCGAUGAAGCGAGACGGGCGGCCUCAUCGGACGUCAUCAGAGCAAACGAGGUGCAAAUCGAUGCUGCACCAGCCGUAAACUACAAUUUCGGGCCUGUCCUGGAUGGAACCUUCAUGCCCAACACUAUAGGCAAGGCAUUGAGCUCCGGCGCCUAUGACAAAUCCGUACAGGUACUGUCCUCCCAUAACUUGUUCGAGGGUGGUUUCUUUUAUGAUCCCACUGUGCGAACCGAAGACGAGUUUAGGGCCUGGCUAGAUAGGUCAAUUAUCGGUCUCGACCAGGCACAGACAGAUUAUCUGAGUGCAACGUUGUAUCCUCCCAACUUUGAUGGCUCGCUCGGCUACGUUGAUCAGGCCACUCGACAGAUGGCGCUCUGGGAAGAGGCGGUCAUUCUCUGCCACUUUCAGUCUUUGAAUCAAGCUGUUGGCGGCAACAGCUACGCUUACGAAUUCGGUAUCCCGCCAGGUUUUCAUACUCAGGAUUUGAAGUAUACUUUCAACGACCCUACGAGCCCGGUCCCAUUCCCACAAGCACAGGAUUUGAUUCAGAGAUCGAUUGCUACUUUUGUCAAAAUUGGAAUACCCGUGUUGGACAGUAAGGAACAGACCUACCCCGUUUGGGGUUCUAAUCACUCCACCCUCAAGGUCGCGGAGAUAGGGGCGCAGGUCGGGAGAAGUGGCAUUAACGAGACUAGGUGUACCUGGUGGCGCGAUGUUUAA